GCGUAUCUGUGUGUCUACAAAUGUCUUUCUGUUUCGGUGUCUCUCUUAAUGUAUGUCUCUCGGGGUCAAUCUGUGUGUCUGUGAUUUUCUGUGUGUGUGUUUGUGUACAAGUCUGUGCCGGAAAAAAGUCUACAUACUUCAUUUUCUUGCCUAAUUGGGACCACCGAGAAUCAGUAAGUAACUUCCAGAAAGCAGGCCUUAUUGCAGUGAAAACAGGAAGUAUAGUCAGGGCUACAUGACAUGAACUAUGAACAGGAAGUGCUGGCUGAAAUCGGAAAGCCAUUUUCAGCGGUGAUGUGCCAUAUCACAAUGUUCAAGCCUUCUUAGUAUUCGUUCACGUGGUACAAUAUUUCAGCAUUCUUGUUGCCCAUGUAUGGUAAUCUGACGUGGUGCCUCUGAUGAUAUUGGAGUGUGGUUUGAGAAGAUGCCGAUCUUCCCUCGAGUUUCAGCCGUGUUUAGAAACACGAUGUCGCUCUCUCAGCUCUGCUCUGCUGUGCUGUUACAAACCCCAGUUCCUGUCUGAGGCAUCGGAAAAUCUGCAGCCGACACUUCCUCUUCGAAAGUGUUUGCGCUUCCUGUUAUUAAGCUGCUCGUACUUAUAAGUUCACUCCCUUCUGAGCGAUUGGUCGCUUUGUUCUGUUCGAUUCUGGGAGGGAUUUGAGGGACUUCAAACGAACCUAGCGUGUCACUUUUGACGCAUUUUUGAAUGCACAUUAAAGCGUCUCCACCACCUCACACAGUGCAAUGAGGGGGUGAAUAAAGAAGUCAUGCUGCUAGGGUGACAUUUCACAGGUUCUGGACGCACUUGAUGGUGGAUGUUGGUUCAGUGCUGAUGGUGUUUCUUAACCUGCUGGGACACUGAGAGGAUCUUCUCCUUCCCUCUCUCCCUGUUUCCGUUUUUCCUUCCACCCACUUCACCAUGUCUGCUGUACAGACGAUUUGGCCUCCGGGCACAGAGUGCGUAGCGAGGUACAACUUCCCCGGCACGACUGACCAGGACCUGCCCCUGUGUAAAGGAGAUGUUCUCACUAUUAUAGGAGUCACCAAGGACCCAAACUGGUACAAAGCCAAAAACACAGUGGGACGAGAGGGAACCAUUCCAGCGAACUACGUCCAGAAACGAGAAGGAGUCAAGUCGGGCGGAAAACUCAGCCUCAUGCCAUGGUUCCAUGGUAAGAUAACACGUGACCAGGCCGAGAGACUGCUCUACCCACCCGAGACGGGGCUGUACCUGGUGCGCGAGAGCACCAACUUCCCCGGAGACUACACGCUGUGUGUGAGCUCCGAGGGCAAAGUGGAGCACUACCGCAUCAUCUACCACAACGGGAAACUCUCCAUCGACGAGGAGGUGUACUUCGAGAACCUGAUGCAGCUCGUCGAGCACUACACAAAAGACGCAGACGGGCUUUGCACCAGACUCAUGAAACCCAAGCUCAUGGAGGGAACAGUGGCGCAGGAUGAGUUCUCCAGAAGUGGAUGGGCACUGAACCUCAAGGAACUGAAACUCAUUCAAUCUAUUGGAAAGGGUGAAUUCGGAGAUGUUAUGGUGGGAGAUUACAGAGGCAAUAAAGUGGCCGUGAAGUGCAUCAAACAUGACGCCACAGCGCAGGCCUUCAUCGCAGAGGCCUCGGUCAUGACGCAAAUGAGACACAAUAACCUGGUGCAGCUGUUGGGAGUGAUCGUAGAGGAAAAAGGCAGUUUGUUCAUUGUCACAGAGUACAUGUCUAAGGGAAGCCUGGUGGACUACCUCCGCUCCAGAGGACGCACUGUUAUCGGAGGAGAUUGUUUGAUCAAGUUCUCUAUGAAUGUGUGUGACGCCAUGGAGUAUCUGGAGAGUAACAACUUUGUCCAUAGAGAUCUGGCAGCUCGGAAUGUUUUAGUCUCGGAGGACAACAUCGCUAAAGUCAGCGAUUUUGGUUUAACCAAGGAGGCAUCGUCCACUCAGGACACGGCUAAGCUGCCCAUCAAAUGGACGUCCCCUGAAGCUCUGAGAGAGAAGAAAUUCUCCACCAAGUCAGAUGUAUGGAGUUAUGGAAUAUUGCUCUGGGAGAUCUAUUCCUUUGGCCGUGUACCGUACCCAAGAAUUCCUCUGAAAGACGUAGUGCCCCGCGUGGAAAAAGGAUACAAGAUGGACGCUCCGGACGGCUGUCCUCCUGUUGUGUACGACAUCAUGAAGCAAUGCUGGACUCUGGAACCGGCGAUGCGGCCCAGCUUCAGAGCUCUGAAAGAGAACCUGCAGCUCAUCCUGGAUAAAGAGAUGUAUCUGUGAGAGCAAACCCACUGAGACUAACUAUGUGUGUGAAAGAGAGAGAGAGAGAGAGCGAGGGGGAGAGCACAGAGGACCAUACAGAACUCUAUACACUCUCACACACACACUCACAGAGCAACACUGUGUCUUCACACACUUGAAAAAGAAGAGAUGUACAUGGAAAAUAUAAGUUUGGCCAAAUUGUUUUACUGAUCCCCAACUUGUUUUUGUCCUUUUUCUUUUGCUGUGCCUUCAUGAUUUGUUUUAUUGAAUCGGAGAGGCUGGCCUUCUCUUGUGUUUUUUUUUUUUUGCUUUAAAAAAAAAAAAAUAAUUUAACUGUCUACAGCCUCUUUAUGACCUGUUUGUCUUUAUCUUUCAGUCACUGUCUUUCUGUCUGCCCUGUACUAGACUACACCUUUCACUUUAAUAUGCACACAAAGCAGAGGCGUUUAGACGUCCUCCUCCGGGUUCAUUCACAUGAUCACAUGGGUCUGUGUGGACGUGCAAGCGUUCGCCUGGGCGUAACUCCUCUGGAUGUUGUGUAUCCGGAGCACUGGACUCUUCGCUGUUCCCAUGAGCUGUUGCUGAUUUUUUAUUUUUUUUGUGUUCUUUUCAUUGGGUGAAAAAAAAAAAAAUGGGUCUCGUACUUCACCCUGGAUAAGACCAAACUUGAAGCAUGUGUGAAUUCACAUAGCAGGGAAAUAGGUGGGAGAUUUGUUCAUUACAAUUUUGAUCCAUGGAAAAAGGAGCAUUUUGUAUGUAAAUGUAAGAAGAGAAUAUAAAGGUGUCUGCCUCUA